UGGCUUCACUCAUGGGAAUAGCUUCAUGGAUUGACUGCCACGAAUAGGUUUAGCAAUGAACAGAUAAGAUUUAGAUCAAAAGGAAGUGUAAGCUAAACCAAAAGCAAGAACACAGACACUACCGAAUGUUGUAUGGGGUACUAGAGAUACAAAGACAAAAAUGAAACAGUCCCUCCCUGUCCUCAAGGAGCUUAUAUUCUCUGCUUUGACUGCACAGUGUGUCCAAGGAAUCUUUGUUGAAAACUAUGAUCCUACAAUAGAAGACUCCUACAGAAAGCAAGUUGAGGUUGAUUGCCAACAGCGUGUGCCUGGAAUCCUCGAUCCAGCAGGAACAGAGCAAUUUACAGCAACGAGAGAUCUGUAUAUGAAGAAUGGCCAAGGGUUUGCACUAGUCUAUUCUAUUACAGCUCAGUCCACGCUUAGUGACUUACAGGACUCGAGGGAACAGAUUUCACGGGUUAAAGAUACCGAAGAUGUGCCCAUGAUUUUGGCUGGCAAUAAAUGUGACCUGGAAGAUGAACGAGUAGUUGGCAAAGAACAGGGUCAGCAUUUAGCAAGACAGUGGUGUAACUGUGCCUUUUUAGAGUCUUCUGCAAAGUCAAAGAUCAAUGCUAAUGAGAUAUUUUAUGACCUGGUCAGACAAAUAAAUAGAAAAACACCAGUGGAAAAGAAACCGAAAAAGAAAUCGGGCUGCUGCUUUGGACCCCACCAUGCAACAGCUCUGAGCCAGAUUACAGGAAUGAAGAACUGUUGCCUCAUUGGAAAGUGCCAGCAUUCCAGACUUCAAAAAACCAUUAAUUAA